AUGAAAGCAGGAAAAUUAAAUUGAAAGUACAACAUGGUAGAAUGGAAAGUUUUAUCGCUUUCGUAGAAUUCAUUAAACUUAUCAUCAGGGUAACAUUUUUGACCAUCAGAUCAUUUUUUACUGGCUUGUUCUACAGUGGAAAAAAGGACAUCAGCAAUGACAUAGUGUUAAUCACCGGAGGCGGGCGGGGUAUAGGGAGGGCUCUCGCUCUGGAGUUUGCCAAAUAUACACCAAAGCACAUUACAUUAUGGGGAAGAACAGAGGAGACUCUGAAGAGCACAGCUCUGGAAGUGAGAAAUCUUGGUGUGAAAUGUUCCUACAUGGUUUGUGAUGUCAGUCAGUCACACGAAAUUUAUAAAAAUUAUGCUGAUAUAAAGAAAAAUAUCGGACCAGUAACAAUUCUAGUGAACAAUGCUGGGAUAGUGCAUGCCAAACAGAUCAUUGACAACUCAGAUGAGGAAGUAAUGGAGACAUUUGGUGUCAAUACUCUGGCUCACUUUUGGACAAUAAAAGCAGUGCUUCCAGACAUGAUAGAAUCAAAUCAAGGGCACCUAGUCAGUAUUAGUUCAGUCCUGGGUCUACUUGGGAUGAGAGGUGUGGGUGAAUACUGUAGUUCAAAGUUCGCCAACACCGGGUUCAUGGAGGCCCUGCAGUGGGAGAUACAGGAAUAUGACAAUAUCUACAUUACCUGUGUUCACCCCUACCUGGUGGAUAACCAGAUGUUUGCUGGAUUAAAACUAAGAUUUCCAUGGCUAGUUCCUCCUUUGAAUGAAAGUUAUGUCGCUAGUCAAACUGUCUCUGCUGUUUUACACAAUCAAAAAAGUGUUGUAAUGCCAAAAAUAAUGCUAAUUGUUCUUUGGAUAAAGAGUCUCCUACCUGUGGAUGCCAUGUUGCCAAUUUUAAGAUUCACUGGAGUUGAUAAAGCAAUGAUUGAUUCUCCUACAGCCCCAAAGAAUGUGGAAUUCAUGAGAAAGACUGUCUCCAAUCAGUAGAAUAGGAACCUCUUCCAGUCUCUUGUAUUUGAAUUUGAUAUAUUCAAUAUAUUUUUAGGAUGUUUUUGAUUUCCCCCUCCAUGAAAAAGUAUGUACAUGUACAUAUAAACACCAUAUUCCAUGAAUUUAUUAAACCUGGAUAUGGAAUAAUGCAAAUCAAAUUUAACAAGAAAGUUCUGAAAUUGCAAAUUUUAGCAGUAUUUUCUCCCCCUUACCCUUUAAUUUCUGCAGUUUAAUUUCAAAGUAUACCUGUAUUUACAUGUGUAAUCAGUUGCUUCCAGAGACAGUGCUUAUAAUCUGUCACUUUUUUUUUGUAUUUUUUUGUAUUUACCUGUUAUAUUCAUUUUUAGGUAAUCCUGCAAUAAUUAUUUUUAAAUAGUCCUGUUAAAAUGUCUAACAACCUGGUUGAAGAUAAUAUUCCUGUUUGGAUAUUUUUAUCAUCAGGGAUUUGUAGUAUAUGUUUAAAUGAUGUUUUAACAUCUGUUAAAUGUGUUCUAGAAACAUUGUUGAUAAGAAGUGGAUAACUUUUAAAGUGAAAACUUUAUUUUUGUUCAUUGCAUCAAGUAUUUGUAAAAAUGUUCAACAAAAAGUUAUUGUUACUUUGAUAAACAGGUUUAAAACUAAUAUUAUCAUAUGGCAAUAAAAAAUUGAAAAGAUU